GUUAAAAACUGCAGGGCCUUGAAGGUCACUCCCACUGUGUUGGGGAUGGGGCUCUGGAAAGUAUCUCUUCAUUGUCUCCUGUUCUGCCUGAGAAAGAAACUGUUUGUGCACCAGGGCCAGCAUGUAACUUUUUCCGGGAGAAUCUACAAAGGCUGAGUCACUGUUCUUAUCUGUGGCUUCCUCGAGUUCACAGAGCGGCAUUGACCUGCAGAUAACAGCAGUCCGUGCCUCUGGGAAGCUCCUGCGUGCUGUGGACCUCUCCUGAGCCGCUGGUCUGCCUGCCACACCUCCCCACAACUCCUUAGUUGGUUUAUCUUCCGACGAGUCUACGACAGUCUCACGCCAUCUAACCGGUGCCUGAAAGUCAUCAUGAGCGGAGCCCACGUCAGCUAACGUCUCAGGAAAAUGAACCAUGGAAGAAAGAGACCUUGGAGGAUGAAUUCUCGGGUGUAAGGCUGCAGAAGCUGGAACAACAGCGGCAGCUAUUUGAGAAGAAACAGCGCAGGAAGCGCCAGGAACCCCUCAUGGUUCAGGCCAAUCCUGAUGCUUCCCUGAGGCACCGGCGACCAAGGCGUGGGGACGAUCGCUUCCAGAGUGACAGCGGCUGGGGACUUGGCGCUGGGAGUCCCCUCCUCCAGAAGAACACACCAGAGGCACAUCUGCCCUCUGGGGCCCACAGUGCCCUGGCCACCAUGAACUAUGGUGGAGAUGGUAGUGGCGAGAGGGCCCCCCUCUUGUCACCCAAAGGAGCAGUAUACACUCGGGGCAAUGGUGUUGCAUUCCACCAUAUAUGCUGGCUCCCAGACAGCUCAGAUUCAGAUGUGGAGGAAGUGAGCAUGGAGGACAUCCCUGUCAUCCCUCCACCUCCCAAGACACAUAUGGCAAACCGUCGCAGGGGCUGGUUAGCCUCCCCAGGACCUGGGAUCAGUGAAGAGGAAGAGGAGGAAUCCAAGGAUGUCUCAGUGGAGCACAAGGCACCCAGCCCAGCCCCAGCCCCUGCAGUGAACUCUGACAGGGUUCAUGGAGACUCGGCAUCCUGCAUGGUGGAAGAGAGCACAGAAGAGAGCCCACCAGCCUCCGGCAUCAGGGACGAAGACCUGGAAAAGAAAGAGGCUUCAGAGACUACAGGGACAAACAACGCCCCAGUGGCGCCCAAGGUCUUGCAAGGCAACGGUGACACAAGCGACCACAAUCCUUGGAAUAUGACCUGUUCCCUGCCCCGCACGCCAGGCCCUCGGCUCGGGGAAGACAUGGAGGCCUACGUGCUGCUACCCGCAUCCCAAGAGCACAUGGUGCAGUGUCGCAUCGUCCGCAACAAGCACGGCAUGGACAAGAGCAUGUUCCCCUCCUACUACCUCUACAUGGAGACGGAAGACGGAGUGGCUCAUUUCCUUCUGGCAGGGCGGAGAAGGAAAAGAAGCAAAACCUCAAAUUAUCUCAUCUCCCUGGACCCCAAAGACAUGUCUCGCAACGGGAACAACUUCGUAGGUAAAGUUAGAUCCAAUGUCUUGGGCACGAAAUAUACCAUCUUUGAUAAUGGGGUGAAUCCUGAGCGGAACUACUGGAUCCCAGACAAUACCCGGAUCAGAGAGGAGCUGGGAGUUGUAUGUUAUGAAACCAAUGUCUUGGGAUUCCGGGGGCCUCGCAGAAUGACCGUGAUUCUUCCAGGAAUGGACAGCCGGAAGCAGAGGAUGAGAAUUCAGCCACAAAGUGAUCAGGAUUCGAUUUUGAGUCGCCUACAAAAGGGUGCUAGACACGGGCUGCUCCAACUGCAGAACAAAGUCCCAUCUUGGAGCGAGGAGAGCGGCGCCUACGUGCUCAAUUUUCACGGUCGCGUCACUCGGGCUUCAGUCAAGAACUUUCAGAUUGUGCACCCCGAUGAACCGGACCACCUGGUGCUCCAGUUCGGCCGCGUGGCCCCAAACAUAUUCACUAUGGAUUUCCGAUAUCCUCUUUGCCCACUCCAAGCCUUCGCCAUCUGCUUAUCUAGUUUCGAUGGGAAACUGGCGUGCCGCCUCACUCGAUAGGUUAUGCCUGCCUGGAACUCCUGCCACAGCUUCGAAAUGCUGGGAUCAGUUGCUGUCCUUACCCCAGUCUGGACACAGAACUCAGUGUUUUGAGACCAUCACUGUGUAUAUCAGGCUGGUCUUAAACUUCAGUUUGGACACAAAACUCAUUUUUAGCCUCCCUUGAA